AUGACGCUUCUCUACGUCGGUCUGCAGGAUUCUUACCCGAAAUGCGGUCAAGAGUGGGAUGAAGACAAUUCCUCUGGCCUGGUAAACAGCCUUGGCAAAAUCCUGGAGGAAAUCGGACAAUUAGAUAAGAGGCAGAUCGCAGAAGAAUGCGUUCGCGCUGCGGACGCUCUUCUUUUGGAUAAGAAGCACCUUGCAGCUCUGUGUACAGUGGGCAUCGGACUCGAAUGUUUUGUGGAUAGAGUUUACGUAUCAGAGGCUGUUCAGGAUUGGUCUAUAUCAGCAUCAGAAAGCACUGUUACUGGUGCUAUGCAGCCCGCUCCGUUCCUUCCACCACAGUCUCCUUACGACCUCAGUCUUUCAACACACGAUGCAUCAUCCACCCUUGGCGAUUCUCAACAGUGGAUAAAUUAUCUGAAUCUACUUGAUAACACAGACUCCAGUUUGGCGGACUCGCCUUUGCUCACCAAUACUCCCUCGGAAAGUGCUUCUCCCUUCACCGAACCGAACCUUUCCAGUGAUCCCAACUCGUGCAUCAAGAGCUUUACUAAUGCUCAGCUCAAAGCUUUCGUCACACUCUCUGUGAAAACCUAG